AGAUGAAAAGAGGGAGCUGUAGGACAGAGGGACUGCAUGAAGUUGUAGCCUCUGGGAGGUUUUGUGUGUGGUCUCUGAUAACAGCUAUGGCUCCUGGCAUAAUUUUGUGGGUUUCUUGGGUUUUAUUGUUUAAAAGUGGCACUGUUUCAACCAGUGAGGCUUCCUAUCGUCUUUCACAGCCUACAAGAAAUCUUCUUCUUGAUGAUGAUGACUCUCACCUGUCCUUUGAUGAGGGAAAUAAGGAAGCUGAGGAGAUGAGUAAUCCUAACUCAGAUGUCUAUGCCAGUUACAACAUGCCCUCAAGAGAACCACUGAAUGUGGGCCCAACUGGACAAAGCCUACCUGAGAUGCAGAGCAGCAUUCAUUUAGAAAAGAUGGUUAAUGCUGGGUCAAAAUACUGGAAGCCUAACCUUUUUAAUCCAAUUACAUUUCCUUUAAACCAUGGCAUCCAGGUGGCUGAUCAGACACAGUCCAAACUGCCAAUUGUCCUUCCACAGUCAAAUACGCUGAAUACUUUUAUGAAUGUCAAACCUGUGCCUCCAAGACUGGGUGAAACCAGCAGUGCUGCCCAAAUGACUAAUUUAAAGCAAAGUCAUCCUUCAUCCUCUUGGUCUGUUUCAUCUAGCUUGCAGUCUAGGCAACCUGUAACCCAUGGUAGUGACAAAACUGUGUCAUCUGUCCAUUAUCAGACUCCUGAUAAAGGUUCCAGUCAAAGCAAGAUGACUAUUGGCAAGAGCCAAAGUCCGGACUUUGAGGGAGCUUCUAACUACAACAUUGGAUCUAGUCAGAUGCAGCCCAAGCCAGCAUAUGUCCACUCUCAAUCAAGUUUACCAGCUCUAAAUUCAAGGACAGAGGACCUCCUAAGAAGAGGUGAAACCAGCAAUGCCAUCAACAGGAUUGCCUCAAAGCCUGGCCAAUCCUCUGCUUUGUCUGUGGUUUCUCCAAGCUUGCAGUCUAAACAACCUGUGACUUCUGUCAGUGACAAAACUGUGCCACCUGUCAAAUACCUGAAGAUCAGUUCCAGCAGAGGCAAAAUUGGUUCAAGUCCACUCUUUGAGAGAGCUUCUAACUACAACGCUGGAUCCAGUCAUGCAGUUGCUCAGAUGCAGCCCAAGCCAGUUGACUCUCAAUCAAACCUACAAGAUUAUACAAGCAGAGAACUCAUCCCUCCAAGCCAACGUGGAACAAGCCAUCCCCUCCAAAAACCUCUACAGCCAAGCCACAUCUCCAUGAUUCCUCCCAGGUACCAGUCUAAGAUGCCUGUGACCUCUGGCAGUGACAGACCUGUGCCACCUGUCAAAUACCAGAAACUCAGCUCCAGUCAAAGUGGAAUUGGUUCAGGUAACUAUAGCACAGACACUGGGUCAAAUCUGUUGGUUGGUUUAACGCAGAAAAAGCAGUCUUUUGUCCUGGCCCAAUCAAAGCCACUAGAUGCGCCUACAAACCAUGGAUCAUUCAUUCAAAGUUUGAGUGGAACUGAUUCUGGAAGCAAAAUAACAGAUUUUAAGCCGGACCAUUCUUCAAAUUCUUGGUCCAUGGCUUCAAGCAUUCCAUUUGAAAAACCAUUGGUCUUCAGAAGUGAUCCAGCUGAAUCACUGUCAAAUUACCAAAGGCUUGACACUGGUUCCAGUCAGAGCAGAACCAAUACAGGUAAAAGCUCAACUCUCUUCGAGGGAGCUCUUAACUACAACACUGAUGCUGGAACCAGUUACAUGGUUGAUCCAAAAUGGAACAAGCCAAAUCUGAUCGAACCCCACUCAGGGACCCAGGACACUUAUGCAAACAAAUUGGUGUCUCCAAGCUUGGACCAAAGUCCAAGUAAACAUUACAUACCAAGUCUUUUCUCCCAAUCGCCACCCGUGGCACCAUCUCACUUGGAAGUGAGACUACCUUUGAGUGGUGGACCAGAAGCAGUGAUUUUGCCAAAUAACCAGAAGUUUCAGUAUGGCUCCAAUCCAAGCAGAGGUGGUUCUGUUGAAAUUCCAAAUCUCUUAGCGGGACAUGGUUUCUCUAACUCUGGCAAUCGUGGAGCUUUAUCUGCUCUUGACCCCAAACCCAUGCCUGCUGAACUCCCUCAAAAAUAUGCAUCCCUGGAACCAGGAAGUUGGUAUGGUCAAAACAAUGACAUUCAUGGAUCACCAAAAGCGGACUUAUUGCCACAGAAGCCCCCAAAGAAAACGUCUCUUCCAGAAUCUCAAAGUUACAGCCAGAGUGACUUCAUUGCUGGUGGGCCAUCAACAGCUUUUGCCUCUCCAAUGUGGGACACUACAUUCCAAAGCACAGGAGCACAAACGAGUAAGGACUGGAUGUUUCCCAUUUCUGGUGUCCUCGACAGCUGGAACCUUGAGUUUCCACAAGUGAACUACCAGCCACAAAACUCUGUGGCCAAAAUCAAGAAGGAUCCCUUAAAUGUUUCUAAUCAACAACAAAGUGCUGUACCUGGAAAGAAGCGUAUUAUCCACUCAAAAAAUGGCUACAAACGAGAAAGAUUGGCGUUAUCCAAAGCUGCUUAUGAUCCUAAAUAUAAAAUCCCACCAGCUAAGGAUACCAUGGCAAUGAACACUUUCAAAAUGCAACCAAAAUACCCCCAAUCAGCAUUUAAAGUAUGAAGAUCAACCUUUGCAAUCCCCUUUAAAGAAUAAAACUUGUUUUCUGUAAUAAAUGUUGUUCUCGUUGUGCAAACGGAA